UUGUUAGUGCGAGUUUUACCGUCGUCGGUGCUGUUUGUUGUGCAGGCAGUGUUUUGCGCGGUCUGGAUAUUACCGUCAUCCAUCCCCGGACUUUUCUCAUUUGGCGUUUCGAAACAGGAGCUUUUUCGUUGGUUUUUUAUGCUGGGUGCGCGGGUUGUGUGCGUUUUUCGCUGUCGCAAUUUUCGAGAAUACAGAUUUCGGUGCAUAUCAAGCAAGUGCGUUUGCUCUGAGGGAAAAAUUGGAAGUGAAAAGAAGGUGUUCUUCUGGUGGGCCCAGUCAGUGGUGAGUGGUGAGCAACGAGUGGCAAUGUGGAAGACGAAGAAGACGACGACGGAGAAGAAGCAGUGAAUGAAGAUUGUUGGUUAGGAUUUCGGAACGAAUUUGGUUCCUUUGUUUUGGUUUCGGGUGAGAGUGACCAUUUUGAUGGAGUUGGAGUCUUUGGAUGGUUUUCUGUUGGUGAUUUGAGCUUCGAAAUCAGUGAAUGAAAAGCGGCUAUUGCCCCAGUGAUUGAUUGCGAGAGAGAGAAUUUGAGACGAUUCCUGGAAAGGUAUCGAGCAGAAGAAAAGUUACAUGAACCGACGAGACAAGGGAAUCCUUACCGCCCCGUAUACGCGUACAGCCCGGAGAGCAAGAGCCUGAGAUUACAUUGCAUCAAGCUUCAAGGUUCGAAGGAGGAAAGAGACAGCCGUGCACGCAUCCUUAUGCCAGAACGCUUCCCAUUCCUAAUUUGAACGUCUGAAAAGCACUGGACGAAACCAAAUCGCCUCAACAUCACCAUCUCCAUAUCAAAGCCGCCAUCCAAACCGAACCAACAAACGAGAUCACCCUCACCGAAAUUGGAUCUCCGUUUCCGUGGCGGCAACUCCUCAGCUCAGUAGCAAGAGACUGCCCGACGACGACGACGAACAUCCGUGUCGUAAACGCACAAUGACCGAAGACUGAUUAGGACUGAAGCCGUCGCCACGCAAUCAGAAUUAAUGAUCGCUAUCUCCUGCCCUGGAUGUGGUAAAACAAAGGCCGAAAUUCCACCGUCGUCAGCUGAAAUAUAUAUUAGCAAAAGGGGUGCCGUCGCUCCGUCAGUGUUUGUGUUUCAAUGUGGUGAAAAAGUUCAGAAAAGCAUAGAAGAGUGGAAAGUUUACUGAAAAAUUUCGCUUCCACCGCCCUCUACCUAAGAGCAGUGUGAUUCAUCGUCAUCAUCGCCGUUCCGAGAAGCAGUGAGUGCGAAUAGUGAGUGAGCGUGUUUUGUUGUGAUUAUCAAUAUCGGGUUUAAUAAUCCGAGGUCUGAGCGAGUUGUGCUCACAGUUGAGUGAGCAGAGUGCUUCUUUCGAUCAGAAACAAACACACACACCCCUGGCUGGUGUUGGUGUGCGGUGCUGUUGUUUAUCGGUUCACGGCUCACAGCCCUGCGCGCGGCACUUGAAGCAGCGGCUAGCAACGUAGUAACGGAGGAACGGCCACAAAAUGCGCGAAUUCAAGGUCGUUGUACUGGGCUCCGGUGGAGUUGGUAAAUCGGCCCUCACCGUGCAGUUCGUGUCCGGUUGCUUCAUCGAAAAGUACGACCCCACGAUCGAGGAUUUCUACCGGAAAGAAAUUGAGGUUGACAGCUCACCCUGCGUACUGGAAAUUCUGGACACUGCCGGCACAGAACAGUUUGCGUCGAUGCGGGAUCUGUACAUAAAAAAUGGCCACGGUUUCAUCGUCAUGUACUCGCUAACGAACCACCAGACAUUUCAGGAUAUCUCCAGUAUGCGAAAUGUGAUCAGUCGUGUGAAAGGCAGCCAGCCAGCACCCAUCCUCCUAGUCGCCAACAAAUUAGACUUAGAUUGCCAAAGAGAAGUUUCGACAGCCGAAGGAAGCGCCCUCGCCGAGCUGUGGGACUGCCCGUUCAUCGAAGCCUCCGCCAAGGACCGAAUCAACGUGAACGAAGUGUUCGCCACCGUCGUCCGGGAGAUGAACAUGACCUCCGAGAAACGCCAGAAGAAGAGUUACUGUUGUUGUACAUUAUUAUAGAAGUGGCAUUAAAGGCGUAAUUUUAAACCAAAACCUCCUUCCCUUACGAUCCCACUCCCCUUCCAUUUUCCAUCGUCCCCUUCCAACCCACGUAUACGUGGUUAAUGUAUCGUCGUUCCUCGUUGAUAUUGAUCCCCGAGUCCCCGGCUCUCCCACGGGAGCCUCCUUUUGAAAACCCCACGCCCCCCCUUAAUCUUUAAUUCGUAUAUAAAUAAUAAUUAAUUGUAAUUGUAAUGGUAAAUCAAUUUUUGCGGAAACCAGAUGGGCCAUUGGACGGGAUCGAUCCAUUUAUCAGCGAGUGUGGAUUCACGUGACGUGCGUUUCUUAUUUUGUGAGUGUAGGAAAGUCAGGCCCUAGAGCCGCAGCAAAGAAGCAACACUGAAUCCUGGUAGAAGAAGAAAAACACAAAAAAACUGGAAAUUAUAUACAUAUUAAAUGUAGUAACGAUAAUAAUUAAUGGUAACUUAAAAAAACUGUGUACACCGAAUGGGAAGUAAUGGCAUGGCAACACUGCAAGCAAGAGCGAAUGAGACGAAGGGAAAGAGAGAGAUAAAUUUGUGCGAAUGAGAAACCAAAACAGUAGGAUGUGAAAGGGACGGUGCGUUUGAAGUUGUGUUUUUUACUAAGAUGGAUGUACAAUAAAUUUAAAGAAACGAAAACAAAAAAGGCAAAAGGAAAUUGGAAGAGCAACUGGCAAGGAUUGAAGGAUUGGGAAGAAUAUGAGGAAAAGGAAGAAGGAUCAAGAAAGUGAAACAGAAAGUAGCCGCGCCUAUCUGUGUAUGUAAAUCUAACGUUUUUUUCCGAGGUUAAGCCAACAAAUCUGUCUAGAGUAUAUUUUUAGCAAAGGGGAAACAGUGAGUAAGAAAACGAGAGAAAGAGAAGUGGAGAGAAGGUGGCAAAAACCCGUGCACGCGCAGUUGAAGAGCGCAAUCAGAACAGGAAAAUACUGAUUUUUCCAAUUAGUCAGAAUCAAUUCUUCUUUCGUUUUUUGGGUAAAAAUUGAGAGAUAGACUUGGUCGGUUGAUGUAGUGAUUAUUAUUUAGGAGUAGGAAUGCUGUGCUCCCUGGACGUGGUGCUGUGGUAUGUUUUGCUAUCUGACACAAAUUUGAGGGUUAUAUUACGGUUUUAAAGCAGGUUUCAAGUUCAUGUCACGGUCUGUAAAGUUGUAACAAAACUGAUGUGAGUUAAGCACCCUUAGGCAUAAACUACUCAAUAGAGUUUGGCUUGGAAAGAUAUAACCUCAAUUUUCUCCCUGUGGUAGAAAAAACAGCAACGAAUGGGAAUCAAAACUAACCAACGGACACUGUCAAAGCUCAUGUGGGAGGGAAGAGCAUGGGACGAUCUAGAAUGAACCGAACGAUUAUUCGUGACAUCAUCUUGCAAAAUGUAAUACCGUCUUACCCCGCUGGUUCGACACGUUUUAAUACGACACUUUUUAAUUCGUACCCCGCUUAUUCGACACAUGUCGAAUUAAAAAGUGUUCAAAUGUCACAGAGAUGUACACUAUAAAUGAAAAACAGUUUGAUAUUGUGCUUAUACUUGCACCCGCAGCAGCUCCUUUUGCAGCCGCUGCUUCCGGAAGUUCUGAGUUGGUGCUAUUCGACACCCAAACCGCCGGAGACCGCCGGAAUGAACUGAGGAAGGCAGCAAUUGUAGAAAGAACAAGCUUUCCAUUCGCACCACAGCAAUAUCUGUUGAAAUUUUGGUUCAUAACAAAUCCGGAAAUCAAAACAAAAACAUAAAUAGAGUUGCCAAAUUUCAAUGAGCAACAUGGUGUAGGGUGACCAGUUUGUCGAAUUAAAAGUUUACCUCGGUUAUUCGACAACAGUCGGUGUCGAAUUAGCGGGGUAAUACGGUAAAUAUAAACUUCUUAAUAACAGUGAACUUAUCCUCCAUUCAUUCGAUCUUUGGUGUGAGUUCUCUUCAUUGUUACAUAAACUUAAAUGUUGAAACAAGCUUAUAUUAUUCUGCUUCUGCAAUGAACCAACUGGUUCAUUUGUGUAGGGUUUGUGAAUUUUUGGUAUAAUGUAUUCAUUUUGAAUAUAUUUAUGUAUUUUUUUUUUAA